AUGCCUUCAUGUUGCACAAUAUUGCUUGGCAUUAUACUUUGUUGCUAUGCUAUUGAAGCUAAACCAGUGCAUACAGCAAAGCUGAUAGUAAAUGCUUCUCAUGCAUCAGGGAGGAAAAUCCCUGAAACCUUUAUGGGAGUUUUCUUUGAGGAGAUAAAUCAUGCUGGUGCUGGAGGAUUGUGGGCAGAGCUUGUGAGCAAUAGAGGUUUUGAAUCUGGGGGACAAACUGUACCCUCAAAUAUUUAUCCUUGGUCCGUUAUUGGAGAUGAAUCAUCCAUACUUGUAUCAACUGAUCACACCUCUUGCUUUGAGCGUAAUAAGAUUGCCCUGAGAAUGGAAGUACUAUCUAACAGCCCCUAUGGUGUUGGUAUAUCUAACCCUGGUUACUGGGGCAUGAAUAUUGAGCAAGGGAAGAAGUACAAAGUGGUGUUCUAUGUUCGCUCAAUAGGACUAAUUGGCCUAAAAGUUUCACUAGUGGGAUCAGAUGAUGGUGUAAAACUGGCUUCAACUGACAUCAAGUUGAGUGUUGGUGUAAAUGGUUCCAUGUGGGAAAAGGUGGAGACUGUGUUGGAGGCCAAGGGAACAAAUCAUGAUUCAAGUCUUCAAAUAACAACAACCAACAAAGGGGUGUUAUGGUUGGACCAAGUGUCAGCUAUGCCCUUGGACACAUAUAAGGGACAUGGUUUCAGAAAGGACCUUUUUCAAAUGGUGGCAGAACUGAAACCAAGAUUUUUAAGAUUUCCGGGUGGUUGUUUUGUUCAAGGAUUAUAUUCAAGAAAUGCAUUUAGAUGGAAAGAUACCAUUGGACCCUGGGAGCACAGACCUGGACACUUUGGUGAUAAUUGGGGUUACUGGACUGAUGAUGGAUUAGGCUAUUUUGAAGGUCUACAACUAGCAGAGGACCUUAAUGCAUUGCCAGUAUGGGUAUUUAAUAGUGGUAACAGCGUUGCUGAGGAAGUUAAUACCUCUGCCAUUUCACCCUUUGUGCAAGAAGCCCUUGAUGGUAUUGAAUUUGCAAGAGGUGCUUCCACUUCAACAUGGGGUUCCAUUAGAGCUGCUAUGGGACAUCCUGAGCCUUUUGACUUAAGAUAUGUUGCUGUUGGAAAUGAAGAUUGUGCCAAGUUUAACUAUCAAGGAAAUUACCUUAAGUUCUAUGAUGCUAUCAGAAGGGCCUAUCCAGAUAUAAAAAUUAUCUCAAACUGCAAUGCUACUAAGAAACCCUUAAAUCACCCAGCUGAUUUGUAUGAUUAUCAUAACUACUCAUAUACUGCCAAUGUAAUGUCUAAUAAUGCUCGAGAGUUUGAUCAUGCACCACGUAUUGGUCCAAAGGCUUUUGUAAGUGAGUAUGCUGUGUCUGGAAAAAAAGCUGGAAAAGGAAACCUUUGGGCAGCAGUAGGUGAAGCUGGGUUCCUUAUUGGAUUAGAAAAGAACAGUGAUCUUGUCAAAAUGGUUAGCUAUGCACCACUUUUUGUUAAUACCAAUGAUAGGAGUUGGAACCCGGAUGCAAUUGUAUUUGAUUCUCACCAGAGUUAUGGGACUCCGAGCUAUUGGGUGCUUAAGCUUUUCAGGGAAUCAAGUGGAGCCACAUUUCUAAAUUCAACCCUUAAAUCAACAUCUACUAGACUUGCUGCAUCUGCAAUUUCCUGGAAAUCUUCUCAAGAUAAUAAGUUUUAUUUGAGAAUAAAGGUUGCAAACUUAGCAAGCAAUGAAGUGAAUCUUAAGAUUUCUAUUAAAGGGUUGGAGUCAAGUGUGAAUUUAUCUCAGUCAACAAAAACAGUGCUAACAUCAUCACAUGCAAUGGAUGAGAAUUCCUUCUCGGAACCCAAAAAGGUGGUGCCACAUGAAAGUACACUUCAGAAUGCUGGCGAGAAAAUGAAUGUCAAAAUUCUCCCUUAUUCAGUGGCAUUAUUUGAUAUGUUAAUGUAA